CCCUCUGUCUCCCCCCCUUGCCGGGCUGUGGGUGAACCUGCAGGCUCCUUACCCACCCGGAGGACUUUUGAAAGGAAACCAGGGAGGGAGGGAAAGGGAGAGGGGGAGAAAACGAAGGGGAGCUCGUCCAUCCAUUGAAGCACAGUUCACUAUGAUCUCACUCAUAUUCAGCACUGGAAGACGGUUGGAUUUCGUGCAUCAUUCGGGGGUAUUUUACUUGCAAACCUUGCUUUGGAUUUUAUGUGCUACCGUCUGCGGAACGGAGCAGUAUUUCAAUGUGGAGGUUUGGUUACAGAAGUACGGCUACCUUCCACCGACUGACCCCAGAAUGUCGGUGUUGCGCUCUGCAGAGACCAUGCAGUCUGCCUUAGCUGCCAUGCAGCAGUUCUACGGCAUUAACAUGACAGGAAAAGUGGACCGAAACACAAUUGACUGGAUGAAGAAGCCUCGAUGUGGUGUACCUGACCAGACAAGAGGUAGCUCCAAAUUUAAUAUUCGUCGAAAGCGGUAUGCGUUAACAGGACAGAAGUGGCAGCACAAACACAUCACUUACAGUAUAAAGAACGUAACUCCCAAAGUAGGAGACCCUGAAACCCGUAAAGCUAUUCGUCGUGCCUUUGACGUGUGGCAGAAUGUAACUCCUCUGACGUUUGAAGAAGUUCCCUACAGUGAAUUAGAAAAUGGCAAACGUGAUGUGGAUAUAACCAUCAUUUUUGCAUCUGGCUUUCAUGGAGACAGUUCUCCCUUUGAUGGAGAGGGAGGGUUUUUGGCACAUGCCUAUUUCCCUGGACCAGGAAUUGGGGGAGAUACUCAUUUUGACUCAGAUGAGCCAUGGACACUAGGAAAUCCUAAUCAUGAUGGAAAUGACUUAUUUCUUGUAGCAGUUCAUGAACUGGGACAUGCUCUGGGACUGGAGCAUUCCAAUGACCCUACUGCCAUCAUGGCUCCAUUUUACCAGUACAUGGAAACUGACAACUUCAAACUACCUAAUGAUGAUUUGCAGGGAAUCCAGAAAAUAUAUGGUCCACCUGACAAGAUUCCUCCACCAACAAGACCUCUACCGACAGUGCCCCCACACCGCUCUAAUCCUCCAGCUGACCCAAGGAAGAAUGACCGGCCCAAACCUCCCCGGCCUCCCACUGGCAGACCUUCCUAUCCUGGAGCCAAACCCAACAUCUGUGAUGGGAACUUUAACACUCUAGCUAUUCUUCGCCGUGAGAUGUUUGUUUUCAAGGACCAGUGGUUUUGGCGAGUGAGAAACAACAGGGUGAUGGAUGGAUACCCCAUGCAAAUUACUUACUUCUGGCGGGGCUUGCCUCCUAGUAUCGAUGCAGUUUAUGAAAACAGUGAUGGGAAUUUUGUCUUCUUUAAAGGUAACAAAUAUUGGGUGUUCAAGGACACGACUCUUCAACCUGGUUACCCUCAUGACUUGAUUACUCUUGGAAGCGGAAUUCCCCCUCAUGGUAUUGAUUCAGCCAUUUGGUGGGAGGACGUUGGGAAAACCUAUUUCUUCAAGGGGGACAGGUAUUGGAGAUAUAGUGAAGAAAUGAAAACCAUGGAUCCUGGUUAUCCCAAACCAAUCACAGUCUGGAAAGGUAUCCCCGAAUCUCCUCAGGGAGCCUUUGUGCACAAAGAAAAUGGCUUUACGUAUUUCUACAAAGGAAAGGAGUAUUGGAAAUUCAACAACCAGAUACUCAAGGUAGAACCUGGAUAUCCCAGAUCCAUCCUCAAGGAUUUUAUGGGCUGUGAUGGACCAACAGACAGAGAUAAAGAAGGACACAGCCCACCAGAUGAUGUAGACAUUGUCAUCAAACUGGACAACACAGCCAGCACUGUGAAAGCCAUAGCAAUUGUCAUUCCCUGCAUCUUGGCCUUAUGCCUCCUUGUAUUGGUUUACACUGUGUUCCAGUUCAAGAGGAAAGGAACACCCCGCCACAUACUGUACUGUAAACGCUCUAUGCAAGAGUGGGUGUGAUGUAGGGUUUUUUCCUUUCUUUCUUUUCUAGGAGUUUGUGAUAACUUGAGAUUCAAGACAAGAGCUGUUAUGCUGUUUCCUAGCUAGGAGCAGGCUUGUGGCAGCCUGAUUUGGGGCUGACCUUUCAAACCCAGAGGGUUGCUGGUCCUGCACAUGAAUGGAAACGCACUCAUGGGGAAGCUUCCAUGAUGCACAGUACCUGCCGUUUUUCAGUCCUUUGUCUUUUUUUGUCAUUCAGUUCUAGGCCUUUCCUCUGCACGCUCAAUGCCCAGUAAAUUUUCAGGAUUACCUAAAGAGAAAAGAGAAGACAAGAUUCUUCUUAAAGGUUUCUCAUAUGUUUUUUCUGAUGUCUGAGCCCAUUUCUGGGGGAAAAAAAAGCAAAACAGAAAACCCACAAAUUUUUGUUUUACAGCAAGGAAUAAGAAAAUGUUAAUAAAAAACCCACAAUUGAACGUUCAGGAAAGUGUGAAGACCCAAAACAGCUUUGUCUCCAAAGAAGAUAGCUCUCUGACUGCUAUGGACAGUCUCCUACGCUUCGUUUUUUUGGGUGGGAGACCUGGAAUACAGAUGUAGGACUUUAGACUGUUGGGACAGCCAUUUUCCAACAAACAAGGGGCCAAAAUAUCUGCAAUAUUGUAACAGCCUUAAUACUACAUCCAUUUUUCGUUUUAUACAGCUGUUCUCAGCUAUGUUCUCAAUGUUUCAUCACAUUUAUAUUCACAACUAUAUUCAAAUGGGACCUUUUAAUUGUUUUGAAGUGUUUCUAAACCCCUUCCUGCCACCUUACCCCUAUAUCAUUGUGAUAAUCUCCCCAAGUUGUAUUAGGCCACUGCCCCAGGCCUUCCAUGGGUCUGUCAGGAAUAUCCAUUAUAAGUGGAGCAAAAAGCAGUAUGUCUUUAAAGUGGUUUAAAGUGACAGUUAUUUUAUAAGGAUAUGUGACACUAGUAAUACACUGGUGUAACCCUUUGAGAACUAUCAAAUCAGCUUUCAGAGUCUUAGGAUCUGAUAAAUUAUUGAACUGGGCAAUGGUAAAAACAGGCACAGGUUCAAGAAGUUCAGGUUUUUAAAACAGAUAUCCUAUAACCCCAUUUAAUGCUUAAGGCAUUCACACUACUACAUAAAUGCAUUUAUAACAAACAGAAAUGCUGUUACUUGCCAAAAAUUUUCUGGCAAAUAAAAAGGUAUUUUAUU